GCAUUUCAAGCAACAGAAAUAACUGAGGAAUAGAAUAUAAAAAAAAAGAAGAAAAAAAAGAAAAACAUUUGGACUUUGUGGUGAGAGGAGAAAAAUAAUGGAAAAUGAAUUACGUGAUAAUGAGGUUAAUUGUAAUACACAGUCGUUAAGGAUUGAUUUUACUGAAGAUGAAACAGAAGAAGAAGAGAAAACAUCAUUUCACUGUGAUGUCUGCAACAAGUCCUUCUUUCUCAAAGAUGAACAGACGAUUCACAAAUGUUUCCAUGCAGGAGAGGAUCUCUAUCGCUGUGACAUCUGUGGUAAAUCAUUCUCUGAAAAGGUUCGUUUGACCACACAUAAACACAUUCACGCAGGUGUCGAGCCGUAUCGCUGUAACACCUGUGGUAAGUCAUUCUCUCAGAAUCAUAGCUUAGCUAUUCACAAAUGCAUCCACAUUGUGGUUAAGUCACAUCAUUGCGAUAUCUGUGGUAAAUCAUUCUCUGGAUAUAGCAACCUAACCACUCACAAACGUAUUCAUACAGGAGAGAAACCAUUUCAUUGUGAUAUCUGUGGUAAAUCAUUCUCUAAAAGUAGUCAGUUAAUUGAACACAAACGUAUUCAUACAGGAGAGAAACCAUAUCAUUGUGAUAUCUGUGGUAAAUCAUUCUCUCAAAAUCACCACUUAACCACUCACAAAUACAUUCACACAGGAGAGAAACCAUAUCAUUGUGAUAUCUGUGGUAAAUCAUUCUCUCAAAAUCACCACUUAACCACUCACAAAUACAUUCACACAGGAGAGAAACCAUAUCAUUGUGAUAUCUGUGGUAAAUCAUUCUCUCAAAAUCAUUACUUAACUACUCACAAAUACAUUCACACAGGAGAGAAACCAUAUCAGUGUGAUAUCUGUGGUAAAUCAUACUCUAGAAAUAGCGACCUAACCACUCACAAACGUAUUCAUACAGGAGAGAAACCAUUUCAUUGUGAUAUCUGUGGUAAAUCAUUCUCUAAAAGUAGUCAGUUAAUUGAACACAAACGUAUUCACACAGGAGAGAAACCAUAUCAGUGUGAUAUCUGUGGUAAAUCAUUCUCUGAAAGUAGUAGCUUAACUGCUCACAAACGAUUCCAUACAGGUGAGAAGCCUUAUCAAUGUGAUGUCUGUGGUAAAUCAUUCUCUCAGAGAGGUAACUUAUCUACACACAUGUUUAUUCACACAGGAGAGAAAAAAUAUCACUGUGAUAUCUGUGGUAUGUUGUUCUCACGCAGGUUUCACUUGACUCGACACAAACUCACCCACACAGGUGAGAGAUUGUACAGCUGUGAUAUCUGUGGAAAAUCAUUCUCUGAAAGUAGCAUCGUAAUUAAGCACAAACGUGUUCAUACCGGAGAAAAACCGUAUCACUGUGAUAUCUGUGGGAAAUCAUUCUCAGGGGGAAGUACCCUGACUAUUCACAAACGGAUUCACUCAGGAGAGAAACCAUAUCACUGUGACAUUUGUGGUAAAUCUUUCUCUGCAAGUUUUGGUUUGACUAGACACAAACGAAUUCAUACAGGAGAAAAGCCGUAUCACUGUGAUAUCUGUGGUAAAACGUUCUGCGAUGGAAGUGCACUGGUUACUCACAAACGAAUUCAUACAGGAGAGAAUCCUUAUCACUGUGAUAUCUGUGGUAAGUCUUUUGCCCAAAGUGGUGAAUUAAGUCAACACAAAUGCAUUCAUACUGGAAGGAAACCAUAUCGCUGUGACACCUGUGGUAAAUCAUUCUUGCAAAGAAGACUUCUAACUGCUCACAAACAUUACCCUUGCAAGGAAUAAAUUAUGUGACUGGCCAUCAUCCUCAUUCAACAUCUGUUUUCCAUGCUGGCAUGUGUUGAACGGUUUUUGACAUGCAAGCCAGGGGAUUGCACCAAACUCUACUGUCUGCUAUGGCAUGGUUUCUAUUGCUGGAGGCCCUUCCUAAUAGCAACCACUUUACAAAGUGUACUGGGUGCUUUUGACAUGGGCCCAGCGCUAGCGAGGUCAAACACAUUCAUACAAAUUUACCCACAAGGCAUUGGUCAGCCUAGGAACAGAAGGCAAUUGCCUAGGGUACUGUUAAUGGGACUCUGCCCCCAAACCAUGUGGUUGCGAAGCAAAUGCCUCACGGCCAUCUCUUCAUUUCAGAUCAUUCUCUGAAAGAUGUAACUUAUGUACUUACAUACAAACGCUUUCAUACAAGA